AUGACAAACCACUUCCUCAGUCAGUGUACCUUCCUCCCCGACAGUGACAGGCGUUUCAUGGUGAAAGCACGACAGAUCGCCGGCAUCCUUGACAAUGACCAAGAAAUUGAGACCAGUCCUGAUUCUGAUUCACCAGACCCUGACACAACAUUGCCAGGCCCGGACAUGGUGGCCUACCGUGUGCAGACCCGCCAGUCCCCUUACAUGGACGUCUUUCAUGAUCAUCGAGUCGUGCGCGUCACCCUCGACAGCGGUGCAACUGGAAAUAUGAUACGCCGUUCAACCGCGAAACACCUCGGCUGUCCGAUAAUCUCAAGUGCCCAGUCCGUCCAACAGGCUGAUGGCUCGUCUCAGCUCCAGGUGAUAGGAGAAAUUCGUACCACCUUCACCCGGGACCACACAAACUUCGCGUUUGAAGGUCUCGUAGUUGAGAAUCUUGAUGUUGAGGUACUUGCCGGUACCCCCUUUAUGGAGACGAAUGACAUCGCUGUCCGACCCGCUAGAGAGAGGUACUACUAGGCAAUGGCUCAGUCUACACGUAUGGGUCCAAAUCCCCACCUAACCCUCAUGCAACCGCACGUAGAGCAUUUGUCCUACGUGCCCCCGCUCCAUCCCAGACAGUGUGGCCUGGAGAGUUCAUGGAAGUACGUCUACCAGACGAUGCACCUUCUGACUCGGAGUACGCACUAGAGCCUCGCAUCGACGCACCCAGUGCACACAAUCUGAAGCCAUCCCAGUUGUGGCCACAACCUGGUGUCGUUUCCAGCGUUGCCCGAGCCAUACGGAUUCCUAACCUAUCAAGCGUACCCCGCACUCUCAAGCGCCACGAACACUUCUGCCAAGUCAUCCCUGUUUUUGAGCCCCCGAAGUCCCAUCAUCACCCCCACCUACUGCUCAGCGCCCGUUGCCGCCCUCCAGUACACGUUACUCUGCGUCCGUUCAGGUUGAUCCAGACAACACCCUUCCCCAAACCGUUCGUGCAGACUUCCAAUCACUACUUACAGAGUACGACACUGUAUUUGACCCGCAAUUCCCGGAUACAAUGGAGCCGCUGGCGCAUACAAGGCCAAAGUCAACAUGGGUCCUGUCGAACCUCCUCAGCGGAAGGGUCGCCUCCCCCAAUACGCACGGGAUAA